AUGGAUCCGAGAUUUCAAGGAAUAUGGAAGUUGGCGGUCGAGUCGAUGACAGAAGAUCCGACUACGGAGACGGAUUUGAGCUCCAGAUCUGCCGAGGAGUUAAAAUGGCUGAAAGAAGUUAUGGACAAAAUCGGCAAGGACCAAACAAGUGACGUCGACCUGAUGCUUGAAGCUUUGAAAGACGCCAAAGCGGGGACGGAAAUUGCUGAUAACCUUCAUGCCGCAGCGGAGUUUUGUGAAGACAUCGACUUCGCAGAAGUGGCGGUAAAUAAUGGACAAGCAAUUGGAGUCGCGCUGAAGUACAUUCCCUUCAAGGACGGAGAAAUACGCGCGGCAGCGGCGAGGUUGCUAGCUGCCAUCAGCCAGAACAACGAGAAGGUGCAAGAGAAGACGGUCACGUGCUUGAGCUUGUUGCUCAAAAUUGCUUCGGAAGAGAAAGAGGCCGGAGCGUUGCGAUUUCAGCUUUCUGCAAUUUCUUCGACUGCCCGGUACAACAGAAAGUCGAUAAAGCAGUUCUUCGAUUUGAACGGAAUCAAACUCUUGGAACAAGUACUGACUGACUUUUCAAGUGACAACAAAGUGCUUUCCCGAGCAAUUUUCAUGGCGACCUGUUUCUACCAACAGUGCGAUAUUGUGCUGGAAGAAGAGGCUGGAAAGACUGUAGAUGAUGGAAUAAAGAAAGAAGAAAUCAAAGAAUUGUACACAAAACACUCCAUUUUUGACAAAGCUGCUCAAUUUGUGAAAUCGAAUGACUGUAAUCUCUCUGAAAACGCUUCAAACUUGCUCAAGCUCAAAUGA